CUUCUUAUUUUACACCAUCUAUUCAUUUGUCAGUUGUUCGCUUGCCAGGUUGAAGACCCACUCCACCUGGCCACCCUCAAACGCACCGGCUCCGACCAUCUGGACACGAUCGGUCGACCAUAACAUCACCCAACCCAGCCAAGGUCCGAAAUGAUUCCAUAUCAAAGAAUUAACCGACAUUUGGCCCUGAAGAAAGGAAGCAUAGGCACUGUGCGUGCUAGAUUAAACAUGCGGACAAGGUAUCGCUCCCGCUGAGGCAGGCAGGUAAGGGGAAAUGGCGCUCGCCUGCCUCGAACUUAUCCCUGUGAAUUCCAGAAAACGUGGUUGGGCCUUGUUUGGACCAAACCUUGCUGUCCCGCCAAGGCAAUAGCAAUGCAUAAGGCGCGCCGAACGCAAUUUCAGGAGCAGUUGGGCUGAGUUGAGCCGCUUCGCCGAUCGAACACCGUCCAGGGAGUCCUCACAUGGCCGUUGUUUCCGCGCUUCAACCGUCUUUCACUUCCUCUCUCUCACAAUUCUUUCGUUUUCAGAUUUCGUGAAUCUGUGGCCUACAGCUUGCAUUUGCUGAAGAGAACGAGGGCUCUUCUCAAAGGGGCCUCGUUGGACCACUGACACACAGGACCUGCGAGAGAUUUGGCUCAGUUCCGUCCAACGUGUGAGCACGAUGUCGCUCUGCCAUAAUGGCGCCCCUCCGAUGUUUCUGCCGUGGUCCAAUGUCACCGUCACCACCGACCAAAAGGCCAUCACCAGAGGAAUUCAGAUAUCGAUGGGAACACCGCCUCAGAUAGUCUCCCUCAGACCAAGUACCGCCGACGAUAACCUAUACGUCGUGAACAAAGCACAGUGCGCCCCUCAGUACAAUGACUCGUGUAUCGGCCAAUUCGGCGGUGUCUUCGACUAUUCAGCUUCAAAAAGCUUUGUCCAGGUCGCCGAAGGUCAAUGGAACGGCACCGACCAAGGGAACCCCAGUCAAUUAUCCUUUGUGUAUUUCAACGAUCUCUUGACCUUUGGGAAUGCUUCAAUCUAUGGAUUUCCUUCUAGCUACGACCAACCCGGUUAUGGUGGUCAAGGUGUUAUGCCUCUGGGAUCCAGCUCGGACUUUCUGCGGGUUGCUGUGGAGAGUGGCGCUGUACCAUCCACUGUGUUUGGGCUUUGGACCGGGUCUCGCUCUAUCGACCAUCCCGUGGACGGGUCUUUAGUCGUGGGCGGCUACGACACAACCCGGAUCAAUGGCACCUUGACGACUUUUAAUUCCCUGGAACAGUGCGAAAUGUGUGUCAUUAUUACCAGCCUUGCGUAUGAAGACGAAACCGGCUCGACAAAUCUCUUCUCCAACUCGUCUCAAUCUAUUCAGAUCAACCUUCAACCCUCAGAACGUGCACUGAAUGUACCGCAGAAUGUCUGGGAGAACUUCCAAAAAGCGACCAAUGCUGUCUACAACGACUCAUACCUAACAUAUCCAUCGACUGCUGUGCCGACUGGUAAUUUGGUCGUCACCCUGCAAAACGGAUACAAGACGACUAUCCCUGCAGAGGAGCUUUUCUAUUAUCCUCGCGGGUACAAUGACGACGGCCAAUACACAGUCAUCGACAACACCUACCAAAUCGCCACGCUUUUCAACACCACCAAUGACGGCUACGUUCUAGAUUGGGGAAUUCCCUACAUGACCAUGAACUACGUGAUUGCAGACUACAAGCGGUCUCAGUUCAAAAUGGCCCCAGCAAUCCGAACCGACUUUGAAAGCCAAGGUGGUGGCUACGUGCUUCAAGCGUCCUGUGAUCCGGUGGUAAGUGCCACGGCAUCAACCACCACCAGCUCCACUAGCACGUCCACCGCAGGUCCAGUAUCCAGUUCCGCAUCGGCGUCCCACGGAAGCAGCAGCAAAAACAUCGGCCCCAUAGUGGGCGGCGUAGUAGGCGGAGUCCUUGGUCUGAUUCUUAUUGUUGGCGGCCUCGCACUACUCUUCUACCGCAGCCGGCGUCGCAGGAAUGCUUCUGGGGCUCCAGGUGAACAUGGCCAGCCCACUAUGACUACGCCAAUGAUGGGUGACGCCAAUGCGGCUCAGAACGGAGGAUCAGCCGCAGACCGCUACUCACAUUGGACGGCAAUGUCACCAACAGAAGCCCGUAGCGAACUUGGGGGGAGUGAGAAAGUGAACGGAACGACCGCGAGUGUAAAUCAAUGGCUAUCGAGUCAAGCCAGCGAUACCCAAACUGUUGUGAGCUCCAAUUCUCCAAAUCCCAACGUCGGUGCGGCCCUGGGAUAUAAUAUGGGCUCACCACAGACACCUUCAUCGCAUAUGCAACCGCAGAUGGGGACGAUGGACCGACCAUUUGAAAUGCCAGCUCAAACGUGGGAUAGUCGAUGAGAAUCCGUCCUGUUCGCCUGGGCUGGCCCGACAGUAGUGAGCGCGCCUUGCUCGGGUUUCUUCGCCAGAUGAUAUCUAUGUACAAUCCGAAGGAACGUCCCGCCCGCAAAAUUGCGUUGCUAUCCGGCAGGAGAGCAGCCGCGUCCCCCUUCUCAGCGUCGAUCUUCGGUCACCCAAUCACGCUCUAGACAUCCCAUAUCUGUACACGUCCGAAUCGACGUCUCACGAUCUUAUGAUAUGCAGCAUUGAUUCGCACUGUCAUUCACUUUAACACAUUUCGCGCGGUACUCGUCAAUCGGCCUUAGUGGACAAGGCAUUACUAACACCACCCGACUCGCAUUUCUUUAGUGGGGCGAGAUCCCUUCCUCCUCCUCCUGCUGCUGCUGCUGCUGAACACGCCUCCAUUGUCAGGUCCAGGAAAUACACCUUGAUUUGUGGCAUCCGAACGAUAGGUGGAUUUGUGAUGCAUUCCGACAGACAAAGCUCAGCACGUUCAUUCCCCCUUGUCCAUUUAUGAGAUUACCCCCUCUGCCUAUAUAUGUAUUGCAUAUUGUUUGUUAUAUGGGUUGGUCUAUGGAAGCUGGAGCCUACCUGCUACAAGCGGAAUUUCUGGAACUGUUGCCCUGAACUGUGCCUGCCUUUUCCCCCCUUCUUUCAUGUUUGGCAUUACAUAUGAACUUAUAUAUUACUAGCUUUCAGCGAGAAUAUUGGCGGAGGCCGAGUAAAAUGCAUCAUCGUUUUGGAUCGUGCGCCAAC